GUUUCUGUAACAAGAACCACGUGGUUUCGGUGUAGACUUCUGUCAUGGCGGGAUACAUGAAAUGGAAAAAUGGACCCCUCUCCAAAAUAGUUUUGCUAAUUGUGUUUUUGUGUAUGUUAGGUUCACACCAAACCUCAGGAAGUAAUAUCAACAUAAUCAAUAUCAAAGAUGGCCAGGAGUCUGACAGAACAGGGUCGAGUCACUUCUGCUAUCUCAACCCAAUUGUUCCAGGUUGGAAGGAAACAUGGACAAGAAUCCAGAUUCGAGUAUGGAGCUCGAAACAGCUGAAGGUGACUGUUGUGGAGGAUGAGGAGAAGCUGCAGGAACUAGAACACUUCAGUGUCUGGGGUCUUGUGCAGUACCUAAUGCUUGAGCAGACCAAUGAAACCACCAUCAGCAUCAGCCUGUUCAGCCCAAAGACCUGCUUCAAGAUCGACCCCAUCAACCUUGGAGCACAAUACACUGUAAUGCCCAUACGAAAAUUUGACAUUUACAUGUUUGUGACAUUCCUGGCUGGAGUGCUGUUAUUCAUCUUUGCAGACUCACUCAGCAGGAGUCAGGUAUUCUAUUACUCUGCUGGCAUGAGCACAGGUAUGAUUGCCUCCCUUAUCAUCCUCAUCUUCAUCAUGGCACGCUUUCUGCCCAAGAAAAGCCCAUUUUACAUGGUAAUAGUUGGUGGCUGGUCCUUUUCCAUUUACAUCAUCCAGCUUGUGUUCAGGAACCUGCAGAUGAUUCUGAGAGAGCACUGGCACGUGGCUUUUGGCUAUGCUGCAGUGGUUGGGUUUAUCAGUUUUGCCGUGUGCUAUCGUCAUGGCCCUCUUGUGGAGGAAAGGAGUAUAAAUAUCCUGUCCUGGACACUGCAGUUGUUUGGCCUGCUACUGAUCUACAGUGGGAUCCAGGUUCAGCAAGUGGCGUUGGCCAUCAUCGUGGCUGCCUUCUGCUCUAAGAACCUGGAGUAUUCCAUUUCAUUGAUUCUUCUGGCUUGGCGCAAAGUCACGCCAACUCUGCGCUGGAAGCCAGAGCCUCGUCGGCUGCUGACUGAAGAGGAGUUCCAGAAACAGGGGGAGGUGGAGACGCAGCAUGCCCUGGAGGAGCUGAGGAAGUACUGCAGCAGUCCAGACUUCAGCAAAUGGAAGACCGUCUCUCGACUUGCGUCCCCAAAAAGGUUUGCCGAUUUUGUGGAGGGAUCACCUCACCUGAUAUCGAAUGAGGUUUCUGUGCACGCGCAGGAAUAUGGAUCGUUCUUUGAGGAUGAUUUCUUUGACACGGAUGAGGAAGAUGAUGAUGAGGAGAAUAUGAUGAAUGAUUUGAAAAAAGAAGACCUUGGAUGGAAAGACAGAGACUUGUGAAGGUGAAUAGAUGUGGUUAUUUUCCUGUAGCAAGGUUAAUGGAGCAUAGUGCUGACUGGCUUUCUACCCCUACAGCUCUCUUCCAACCAUAAGACAGGUGCUCAUGAAUCGCCAUGGAGAUGGUGGAAUCUGGCCAUUGCUAGGCCUGUGAGCUAAUGUCUGGCGUCCAGGUUGCGGCAGACAUAUUGUACACUGAGUGUACAAAACAUUAGUAACACCUUCUUAAUAUUGAGUUGCUCCCCCUUUUGCCCACAGAACAGCCUCAGUGGACUCUACAAGGUGUUGAAAGCGUUCCACAAUGGUGCUGGCCCAUGUUGACUCCAAUGCUUCCCACAGUUGUGUCAAGUGGGCUGGAUGUCCUUUGGGUGGUGGACCAUUCUUGAUACACACGGAAAACUGUUCAGCUUAAAAAACCCAGCAGCGUUGCAGUUCUUGACGCACUCAAAUCGGUGCGCCUAUACCCUAUUCCAAGGAACUUACAUUUUUGUCUUGCCCAUUCACCCUCUGAAUGGCACACAUACACACACAAUUCAUGUUUCAAUUGUCUCAAGGCUUAAAAAUAAAAAAAAGUUACCUGUUUUCUCCCCUUCAUCUACACUGAUUGAAGUGGAUUUAACAAGUGACAUUAAGAAGGGGUCAUAGCUUUCUCCUGGUCAGUCAGUCAUGGAAAGAGCAGGUGUUCCUGAUGUUUUGUAUACUCAGUGUAGAUUGCUUAUGGCAACCACCUGUUUUGGUUAUCGACACAGAGCCAGAUUCUGACUUGAGAAAUGAGACUGUAGUGUUUCUCAAAUUAGGAUUGAGUCCUGUGUUUGAAUUAAUCUGAGAAAUGUAUUGGUCAGUAAGUAAAGGUUUAUGACCACUAAGAAUGGGGUAUUUUAUUUUCUUGGAGGAAUGUCACAACUUUAUCUUGGUCUUAACUGCAAGGUCAUUUUUUUGACAUUUGUUAUCUUUGGUAUUAUUGUUGAUUUUACGUUAAAAAAAAAUUGUCAUCAAACACGUGCCGAUGUAAACGGGGAGCAAUUCAUAGCUGACAAGUUAAAAAAACACAAAAAAAGGCAAACUGACAUCUGUUUGGGAAGAAAUUCAUAUUUUGGUAUUUAAAGCAUGAUGUUUAUAGCCAUUGAGCCUGAAUUUAUAUCAUUUUAAAAAUGUACGGGAAUAAAAACAGUAAUGUGUAAGUGUACCAUU